CCCGCAGCGUGCCCCCCGGCUGGACCCAUGCCGGCCGUGUGAACCCCGGCCACGAAGUGCAGCUGACCUUUGCCCUCCGGCAGGGAGGCAUGGGGCGCCUUGCCCGGCUCGUCGAUGCCGUCUCAGACCCCCAUUCGCCGCGAUAUGGCCGCACGGCCGAGCGCCUCCUGCCAGGGGCUGAGUUCCACCGGUACGUGAAGGGCCAGCGCAGCGUUGUGCGCUCCCCACUCCCCUACGCUGUCCCCGAGGAGCUGGCCGAGCACGUUGACUUUGUGGGUGGUCUGCACCGGUUCCCCGCGGAGAGAAAGGUGGUCAGCAGAGCCUGGGCCAAGAAGGAAACGGAGUCAAGGCAGCACUAUGGAGGGAGAGCGGCUUUCCACCUGGGCGUGACGCCUUCCAUCAUUCGUAAGAGAUACAACAUGACAGGAGGAGACAUCGGGCUACUGCCGAACAACAGCCAGGCCUGUGCCCAGUUCUUGGAACAGUAUUUCCACCAGGCUGACCUGGCUGAGUUUAUGCAGCUCUUUGGCAGCAGCUUUGGCCACCGCUGUCAGGUUGACCAAGUGGUUGGGCACCAGGGCAAGGGCAAGGCUGGGCUGGAGGCCAGUCUGGACGUGGAAUACAUCAUGAGCACGGGUGCCAACAUCUCCACAUGGGUCUUCAGCAAUGCAGGGAGGCACGAGAGCCAGGAGCCCUUCCUGGCCUGGCUGCUGCUGCUCAGCAACAUGUCAUCGCUGCCUUGGGUGCACUCUGUGAGCUAUGGGGAUGAUGAGGACAGCCUGUCACUAGCCUACAUGGAGCGUGUAAACACGGAGUUCAUGAAGGCAGCUGCCCGGGGCUUGACCAUCCUGUUUGCCUCAGGUGACGAUGGUGCUGGGUGCAGAAGGCUGCCCGGUGGGAACCACACUUUCCGGCCCAGCUUUCCAGCCUCAAG